UCCCCCUCCUCUCGGUCGCAGUCUCCCACUCGGACGUUACAGCCACCCACAGAGAACAAGCGCGAAACCGCCACCCUGGUUGCUGUACGCACACAGAGAGGAAGAAAGUGAGAGGAGAAAGAUCAGGAGAAGAGGGACCGAUCUGUGUGCUUCAUCAUUCGUCAUGAGGCCGAUCAGAGCAGGCGAGGCGCUGGUGGGAGUCGCCGGGGCUCCCGCGGCGGUCGGCCACGGCGCGCACCUGGCGUUCUGGAGGACGCCGACGCCGUACCUCCUCCUCGGCUUCGCGCUCAUGAUGGGGAUCAUCGCGGUGGCGCUGCUCGUGCUCGUCUGCACGGACAGCAAGCCGUCCGGGUCGUCGCGGCGGGGGAGCGCCGGCGAGGACGCGUCGGCGCGCGGGAUGGCGCCGCUCGACAGGGAGCCCAAGGUCGUCGUCAUCAUGGCCGGCGACGACAUGCCGUCCUUCCUCGCCAGCGCCAGGCCGUUCGCGUUCCCCGCCGUAGACGCCGACGCUGACGAGCCGCGAAACGCGGACGCGUGGUAGGCGCGGCGCGGCGCGCCCGUGUACCCUCCGCAGGACGCGGGCCCAAUUUUGGUCCCCCAGAUUUUCUCCUAGGAUUUGCCCUGCGUGUUCUGUCUGUAGAAUCUAAUUACAAGAGAAGAUAGAGCUGUAGUUGGCGUUCUUGGUGAGGUGAGCUGCGCGCAUGGCGUGAGCACGCCGGCGGUGUACGUUGAGAUCUGUGAGUGAACGUGAAUGGAAUUUUGGCUGGCAUAUUCAAUAAAUGUAUGACGCUUGCUUGGUUGCUCUCCAGAUCGAUUUCCAAUU